AUGUGGAUCCCCCACUUAGAUUAUCAACAUCUGCAACCCCGUCAGAGCCAAAACAGUGAUAAGAACACAUCCUUGAUUGUCGGUGUUACAGUGAUAGUCUUUGUUAUCUCAAGUUGUGUCGUAACAUAUACUGUCCUCCGCGCCCUUCGCAAGAGAGACUAUGAGCCAAAACUAUUACCGGGAAAAUACUUGAAGCAAAAAUGGAAGAAUUGGAACCCUGGAAAAACCUACGGUCAAGUAUCGGGCGGCUCGACCCCAGAUCGCAAUCAGGAUACUUCUUAUAAUCCCGUCACUACAGUCAGUUCGGAGAUGCGCUCGACGAAUGCUCCACGCCGUGAUUCUUCCAUCCGCUCCGUAAUCACUUUACCCGCUUAUUCGGUAACCCCGAAGCCCACGGAGCAGGUCAUUGCUAGAGAGGGAGAGAGAGCUGGAAUGGAUGUUGUGGUCGAAUUCCCGGAGACAGCCGAGGAGGAGGAAUCACGCAGAGAGAGUCAGAUGGAGGCACUGUAUCAGAUCCGCCUUCGUCGACGACGCGAGCUUGAGGCCCGUGAGGAACGCAGACGAGAACGCCGGGAGGCGCGAAGCCGUGGUGAUUUGGCUCGUCUAGAGGAGUUGCGCCGCGAGAGCAUCCGCAGACGUUCCGAAGAUGCCAGCAGUCCGACACCCAGCGCGGCGGCCAUGCUAGCAGAACAACGAUCUCGUAGUCGACAGAGGCGGAUAUCGAGCGUCAGUUAUGCGGCUCUUGGACAGGUUCGACAUGAUGGAUCGCGACUGCGCGCGAACUCGGCAGAUUCCGAUCAGGCUCCGUUGCUGGAUUCUGCCGGCGCCAUGGGUACCGAAGCCAGACCUUCUCUCUCGUCCAGUCGAACCAAUUCUCACUUUAGAGGCGACUCGGGAUCUUCCAUGAUGUCCGGAUCGACUGGUGGAUCUGAUUCCGAUACCCUCAACCCCGUGGUUUCUCGGAUUUCGGCUGGCCCUGGCGCAUCCGAACAGGACGAAGUCGACGUCGGCGAGUCUGAGAUCCCGCCACCUCCUGAUUAUGAAGAGGUGGGAUUGGGUGAUGCGCCACCGUAUGAGAGCCCGACGAGCGAAAGACGACCAGAAAUACCGCAGCUUGCUGGGAUCGCAAAUAUCCCGGCCAUCCAUAUCGACGUUGCGACGCCGUUGACUGCUACACCGAACACCCCUCGCUUUCCUCCCGUGGGAGAAUCGGAAGACUCGACGCAGUCAGAUCAUGAGAGUAUCCAUGAUCAUCAAUAG